AUGGCUAAUGGGAACCCCAUAUCUUGGGCCCACAUCAUGAAAAAUAGCGAUUCGACACUCGCGAGCUCUCAUCUAGAAGCUUUAAUGCGCGUUAUUUCGAGAGCUUGCGGAAAACUACAAAGUUCGACAUCGGAUGCGCCCGCAGAUGUCUUGAGGUUACGAGCUGUAUCAAUAAAGGCGUUCACAUCGACCGAUCGUUACGAUCCCUCCUCUCUAUUGGAUCACAUCUUAAAUUCUGCCGUGCAGUGUGAGAAAACGUCGAUAAAUAAUGGCGGUUUAGUCAAUUAUCGGGAAAUAUUGACUUUCCAUGAAGAGAUGGCUAAUAUUCUAGAGGAACGCAUGCCCUCGGUCAUUCAAAACCUGAAGUUUUUUAAAUGGUUAGAUCAUUUUUCGCGGGUUGCUCGAAUGGUCGGUGACUACACGAAAAAUAUAGUCAUCCGCGAGAAAGUUAUCGAUUGCCUAUCAAGACAAAGCACAUUGAAAGGGUCAAAAUGGUUCACAGUUAAUGCGCAGAUUAUAUCUCUGAAAAUAGGAAUCAUUUCGUUUGUCCUGGAAGAAUUGGUCAUCCUUGAUCAUGAAAUGGAUGAAACAGCUCGAUUAAAGGGUGCGAGGAAUGCGAUCGGUCACUUCUCAGAUAUUCUGAAAAGGAAUGAACCGAUUAGCGAGAAAGUGCAUGUUAUUUCUCAAUUCUUUCAAUCCGCCGAGUCACUGCGGCGACCAUUGAUUAAAAUAGUCGAAUUCGCGGAGGACAUGAUUAAACAUGAAACCAAAGAACCCGCUGAGGUGAAAUCAUUUUUCUUAAAUUGUUUGCUACGGCAUUCGCGGCCACCACGUCGUCCACGUUCGGGGGAAUCUAUUUUUGAAAUGACCCUCGACUCCAUGGGAGUAUUCACCGAGGAGAUUGCCUUAUGCUUGGACAAUGUGAUCACAGAUUAUUUCAACGAAUAUAAGGAUUAUUAUCUUCAUGGUAAAGGGGCGGAGCACCUGUUGCGUCCUGAUAGGAUCUCGCUAGUGUUGAUAGAUACAUAUGAACUACUUUCCAGAUUUUCCUCAUUCGGCUUCCAUUCCGAAAAUAAAUUUAACCAUUACAUCGAACAAGCAUUUCGGAUCGCUCAGCGUACAUCUUGCAUAGAAGGACUUCGAACGAUUUCAAACGCGUACUAUCGCAUAGCAGUGUACUAUUACAAUGAUAAUCAAAUUAAGGUUGCGGUGGAGCCUAUGCGACAGUCGUGUGAAAUUCUGUGCCGAUGUGUUCAUGAAUUAUUAAAUGUCAAUGGUUCAUCUGAAAAGAGUGUGGAAGAAUUCCAGUCACAACUGAGCAAAAGAUUUGAAGUGUUAGGGGCCUGUUGGAAUUUACUGGGAGAAUUCAAGAAUGCCCGUGAUGCGUUCGAAAAAUCCCUGAGAUGCCUUCCGAAAUCGGAAUUCUUUAGGUUCGCAGCAUUAGCGUCUUCACAAGGCGUUCAAUGGGUUUCUCAGCAAGCACCAAUAAUUCCAAAGUUAAUCGAGCGCUAUAUUAAACUCUCAAUUAUUGAUUGUACGGGUGGAGAGUUCACCCCUGUACACGAAAUUUUGAUGGACUUCGAAUUCGACAGCAUUGUCCUAGCCGGAUUGUUUGAAUACGAACUCCGAGUGCUGAGGUUAUUCGACGAUAAGAUUGAUAGUUCGAAUGUGGAGUUUUUGCUAUACGAAAAGCUACUGGAGUGGUAUGAUGGAGUGAAUUAUCCGAUACGAAGGGCCAGAAUAUUGAUAGAAGGGUCAAAAAUUGCGAGUCACAAAAAAGUGUGCCCAGAGAUAACCUCAAUCAAUUUGAUUGAGGAGGCAUUGGAUCUUUUAAAAACCGACAAUUUAGGACAAGACUCAAAUCUGGUACACCUCCGCUCUUAUUACUUGGCCAUCGCUUAUUCUUGGAUGGGUAUUCUUACGUCGGAGUCGGAAAGUCGCGCAUCGGAGUCCUUCAAGUGUGCUUUGACCCUAAUGAAAGGAAUUCUGACAGGUGUUCCUUCGUGCUUUCAUGGUAAAGUUGCCCCGCUGCAAAAUGUGGAAAACUCACGAAAAAACGUUGACGAUGGUUACCUGGAGGAAGCUAUAAAUAGUUGUACAGAAUCUCUUCGAAUAUUUAACCGAUUGAUGAGAAAUAUCAGCCGAAAUUUUCAAACUGCUUCCGAUCGACCUCUCAUCGAAGCCAAUCCAUUUAUUGAAGACCGAGUUGUGUCUGAAGAGCCGACGGAUGGGUCCAAAGAAAACAUCUUUGAUGGUUUUUUGACAUUGUCGGCCCAAAGAUGGAAAUGGCGUGUGUCGCAGAGAUUACUCGAAUGUUAUAACAAACUUGGUCGGCUCCAUAUAUUGCGCGGGGGAGUCAAGGAGGCGGAAUAUAUGUUCAAGCAAGCGUUGUUACUUACUGAUACAUUGAAAGCAAAACCAAUCAUUAGUCAAUUCUUGCUCGAUAUCGCUGAGUUGGAAUAUCGAAAGCAUUGUUGGGAAGAAAGCGAGGAUAAAUUGUCAAAGGUUUCCGAAUAUCAUCAAAAGGCGCAAGUGUUAUUAAAAGAGGCAGCGAAGGUAAAAUUAUGUUUGGGUGACUUUAAACGUUGCGAAGGUGAUUUCAGAUGUAGACGGGGUGAUUUAGAAUACCAGGCUAAAUGUUACGAUCUGGCAAUAAAUUCUUAUCAACAUGCCAAUGAAAUUUUAAAUGAAAUUAUGAAAAAUGAAUUCAUAUCGAAAAUCGAGCAAAUAGACACUAGCGUGUUUCAAACACCGAGAUGCAAGAAGCUUGUCACGAAUCUGAUAUCGACACCAAACUCCAAAGAAUUUAAUGAAAGUGAACAUAUUAUCCUGCACAUAGAUCAAUUAUUUAUUGCAUGCAAAUCAACAGGUUGGUUAAUAAGCAAGAAAGGUGACAUAGAUGAGGGUCUUAAGUUGAUUGAACUUGGAAAAUUUUCGGAUCAGUCUUGUCUGGAAAAGGCAGAAUACCUUCUCUUGUUGGGUAAGACUCAAAUCAUGAAAAUCUCUAGCGCACUUGUCAAGCAGAACUGCUUGGCGUUUGAUAAUGUUCAAGACUCCGUGCUAUCCCUCCCCUUAAUUACGAAAUCGACGAAAAGGAGAUCGAGAAAGACUAAUCAAUCGCUAAAGUUGGAGGUCCCAUCAAGCAUGCUAGAAGAAAUUGAUAAAGCAAUCGAAUACCUCACCGAAGUAUAUGACCUAGUCUAUGAGUGUGGCCCGACCCGGAUUUUGCAAGAAGCUGGAUUGUGCAUUACGAUGGCGCACAUGAUUAAGGUGUAUGGACAAAAUCAGAGCGAUAUCGAUCAGAUUGAGACGGUUUCCAUUUGUUCGCUUUAUCUAGAAAUGUCAAAAGCUUUAACUGCGAAAAGAGAAAUGGUCACCGCGCUGAAUGAAAAAUUAAAACCUCCGCUGUCAUAUAAUGAUAUGCGAUGGCCACCGCAACUUUCAAACUCGACAUGUUCCGAUAAUAUUCUAGUGUCGAAAGAUGCCGAGAUCCUUGAUGAAGAAACAAUGUCACGUAUGGACUUUAUAAGAACUCUGUCAGAUAAAUAUAAAAAUGAAAGACUCUUGACGCACGAGGAAUUUAUUCCCGAAUUUUCCGACAUUCUACCACACAACUGGACCGUGUGUUCAAUAUCCAUCGACGUUGAAACGAAUGACAUGUAUGUCUGUCGAUAUCGCCGAGAGGCGGUGCCCCUGUUGCUCAGGUUGCCUUUGAAGCGUCAGUCGAGCAGAGAAGGGGAAGAUGAGGGUUUUUCAUAUGAUGACGUAAUUGGCGAAUUCAACGAAAUCCUGGAAUUAAGUGGUCAGAGUAUGCGAGUUGGAAAGGAGUAUCAGACAAAGCAAGAAAAGUUGAAGUGGUGGAAAGAGAGGAAGAAAUUGGACGAGAGGAUGAAAAAUUUUCUCGAGAAUAUUGAGAAUUGUUGGUUCGGCGGUUUCAAGGGCAUACUAAUGGCGCAUGCACCUGAGGAUGCUGAGCUAAUCUCCUGUUUUAAAAAACGGAUCGACAAUCUACUUUCCGAAGCCUGCAAGGCGUCCAUCAAAUAUCAGAAGAGAAAUAAACUUGACAUCGAGAUUGAACUAUGCCGGUCUUUCCUUCGUUUAGGUGAAGAUGCGAUGGACCAAGAUAUCGAGGAUAUCCUUUAUUUUCUUGUGGAUGCAUUUAACAAAUACAACGAUCAACAGAUAGGUUACGAUGAGGUGGAUUGGGACCAACUCACUGUAAAUGUUCGAGAGAUGCUUUCUGGCAGUAAAAAGUCUGCCUCUGUUCCCCCGGAUCCGGACCAACAUGUUAUCCUGAUUCUAGACAAGAACGUCCAAAUGUUACCGUGGGAAAGUUUGCCGUGUUUGAGGCAUCAACCUGUCUCACGGUUGCCCUCUUUUUCCUUCCUGAGAGACCGAAUAAUGUUAACCGAGCACAUUCAUCGUCGGAAAACCAAUAAAACGGAUUGGUCCGAUUAUGCAGUCGAUCCGAACAAGUGUUUUUUUGUUUUAAACCCGGGUCAGGAUUUGAAGAACACCCAAGAUGAAUUUGAAAACUUCGUGAAGAGUCCGGCAUUAGUGGCAAACUUGUGGGAUGUCACAGAUAGAGACAUAGAUCGAUUUAGUAAAGCCCUAUUUAGUAAUUGGAAUUUGCAGCCGAAUGAAGAAAGGUUUGACGAGAACAUCCCAAAUGUUCAAAACAUUGAUUCUGAUACUUCAACCAGGGGUGCGAUAUCUUUGGUUCAAGCAGUGUCAAAGUCAAGGGAUGGAUGUGUGCUGAAAUAUUUAAUCGGUUCGGCACCAGUGGUCUACGGGAUCCCUUGCUAUUUGAAGCGAUAG